AUAACCUUGUAUUUCUUACCUCUAUGAAAUCAACAGACAGAAAUUCUUAACCUAAUGUGUACUUGUCAAUAUUUUACAUCAUAAUACAUACAAAGUAACACAAGUUCUUAAUCAAUAUAAAAAAUAUUUUAUUAAUAGUAUUUUAUAAAUAGUAAUAUGGCUCAAGCGUAUGAUAGUUACUAUAACGAUUAUCAUAAAAAUGCUGAGUUGCAGCAAAACAUCAAGUACAAGAAAAAGUACCGAAAACUUAAGAGGAUCGUGAAAAAUACCGUAUUUGAAAACGCAGCACUAUGUGAUCAGGUUGCACAUAUGCAAGAGAAUUUAAUGUUGGUUAAAGAGGAGAGGUUGUUUCUUCUGCGCAAGUUAUGUCAACAACAAGGGGAAAUGGAAUCUAACUUGACAAGUGUAGCACGUUCACAAACAAGUAGUGCAAAUUCACCAUCCCUUAAUCCAGAAUGUUCUACACCUAAAAAAACAGUAAAAAAGAGGACUUCUAUAGAUGGAUCAGAAUCAAAAAAUAAGACAAAAAGGUAUAACAAAACUGCUAGAAAAGUUGUGCAAUUGAUUCCAUUGGAUGUACAUGGAAGGCCAAUAUUUCCCAUAGCCCUGGGUGAACUUACAAUAUAUUCUCUUGGUGAAGUAGUAUCAGAUAGAAUUGCAUAUCACACAGAAGAGCUUAUAUUUCCAGUAGGUUAUUGCAGUACAAGAAUAUACGCAAAUUUGAGAGAUCCAAGAACAAAGAGUUUAUAUACUUGCAAGAUAUUAGACAGUGGUGCAAAACCUAGAUUUGAAAUAGUAUCUGAUAAUGACUUGGAUCAACCAUUAGUUGGAUCUAGUCCUGACGAAUGUCACUCAAAAUUACUAGCAGCAAUUUCUCCAAUGCUUUGUACAAUUGUGCCAAAGGGUGCAGAUUUCUUUGGAAUUUCUCAUCCCACUAUACAAAAUUUAAUACAAAGUUCUCCAGGAACGCGUAAAUUGGCAAUGUACAAACAACAACGUUUUGAAGUAAGCAAAAAUCAUGUAAUCGAUCGAGCUACAAGUCCAGUGACAGAAACAGAAACUGAUCCAGGGUUAGGUUUUGCAGCAUUACAUAGACAUUAUGCUUUGAAUUCGUAUAGAGUAAAAGAAGAGCCUUCGGAUCAUGAUCUAUUAGCACUUCAAGAUCUCCUUGCAUAAUUUGUAAUAUUAGAAAAAAUAAAUAGUUAAUAAACACAGAUAAUAGUUUAUAUUAAAAUAAAAAAUGAAUAAAAUAUCUUACACAUAAAAA